AUGAACGGCCAUCAUUGGCAGCAGCAAGCUGGUCAUGACGCACGCAGCCAGUUCUCACCAGACCCUAUAGCACAUGGCCAUACUCCCAACUCGACCCACGAAGCUCACAGGUUGUUUGCCGCGUACCCAACGGCUUCUGCGACGCCUUCGACGCACGUGACAAGACACAUGAAUCAUUUAUCUGUGUCCGCACCUAACCCCGCCUACUUGCAACGGACCUAUAUCGAAUAUAACUCUGGUACACAAUAUCAGCCAGCUCCAGCGCCUUCCCCGUUCUCAGAAUUCUCUAAUGAGCUCUCCUACCUUUCAACCACUUCGAUGCCCACAGGUGAUUCGCGUUACUGGCACAAUACAAGGGACGACUCUGUGAGGCUACUGUCCCAAGGCGGCUCAUUUGCUACUUCUCAGUUUGCAUCUCCAUGGCUACAAUCUCAGCCUCAGUCAACGUAUCAUCCUCUUCCGUUUGCUCAGUCAUUGAUUCAGCGCAUGAACCCUCCUGCCGCAUACCCCACCCCACCUCCACCUGGCAUUCGAAGCACGUCAUCUUCUCUUGCUUUUGCAUUAGGACAUCCCCUAUCGUAUCCUAAUCAAUCAAAACCACCCACCGAACCCGUUUAUCGGCGUAAAGAGCCCAUUGCAGCGUUUAACGACUUCAUUGCUCAGAAGAAUCGAGACGUCGAAAUGAAACCAGCUGAACGAGACAUCAAAGGAGACGAGCCACAAAAUUCUACCCAGCCUUCUACCCAACCUCCAUCUCAGCCUAGGACCCCUCGGUCUGUGCAAUCCAACUUCCAUGAAACCGUACAGCCAGCCGUUCGAUCCCUGCCAAUUAACGUUCCCCCGAGCACCCCUACAUCCACACAGCAGACUCCGCACUCUACUCCUCGCCUUUCUCGCCUUCCAAUCCCGCUGGCACCCACAGACAACAGCGUGACUCCUCAGAAGCGAAAAUGUGCUGGUGAAGACAAAGGUUCUCCGCUGAAGCGCGUACACACUGUACCGUUAGAACCUCAGGAAGAGCUGAAUAAUCAGUUUAACUCCUUACACACUAGUACACCCUCGUCGAGAACUACACCGCGUCAGGUGAUGGCGUAUGUAGCGGUCCCUCCUCUACCAAGCGUAUGGAGGACUCCUUCCAAGAAGCAGUCUCUUCCAACUUCUAUGCCGACCUCUCCAGAUAAUUUCGAUGCAUCAGGAUCUGACGAGGACGAUGCCCGGUACAAGUUUGGUAUCCAAGCCAGUGUGAAGCUGUCUGCGCGACGUACAGGGGAUAGAGAUGAACGAGCGCCACUCGAAAAGCUCUCUGCGCUUAUUGAGGACAUUUUCGAAGCUGAAGACUCAUUGGCCGUGGACAUCGACGUUUCGGAGCUUCCGAAAGACUUUUUUUCUGCACUUACCACAGAUUGCUCCCACCCUCAUUUGCAACCCAAUGUGAUCAAGAAACUGACGAAACAUCUCAGUCAGCUGGCUCGACCUACAAAACGAUCAAGGCGGUCUGCCCGAGAUAGCAUAGAUACUCCGCGAGCGAGGAAGGCGCUAGGCGACAUCGACAACACUAUUCUUGCGAGACUGCUGAAAAUUUUAGAGCGCAGCAUCAAAGCUGGGGAAGCUCUCGAUCCCUUGCGUGCCUCUGCACACGUCCCCCAUGCAGAUAAAAAUGCAUCGCCGCGGAAACCGAAGAAGAGCCCCAAAGCGCAAAGAGUGAUUCACCAAGAUCGGGAUGUCACAGGUUCUGCUUCACUGAACGUUCCAGAGGAAGAUACACGCGAGUUAGGGUUAGACAGUGCUGACAUACCCCAAGAGCUGACAGAAGCACUCCUCCACAACUUAUCGAAGCAGCUAGAAAUUGCGCGCGAUAGUAUCCUCGCUGUGGAAUGUUGCGUUGCGUUGUUAAGCGGAGAAGGCCUGACUAAACAGCUUUACUCCGAGGAGCUCAUAACUUCUUGUCUGAGUACAGUCAAGAACCAGCUCACGAUGAUUCUAUACCCAUUUGUCGAGGCUGCAGGUCUUGGUGGAUCAUCAUCACUACAACUCCAAUGCAUACACAGCAACACUCAUACACAUUCUGGUGAUCUUCGACGAUUGCUCAGCGAGCUAUUCCAGGCAGUUUCGGCAGUACUUCCUCGCAUCAACGUGUUGUUUUCUGGUGAAAGUAUUGUCAUGUCAGAUGCAAUUAUCAUUCAGACCGUGUAUAUCGCAAUCGGGCCGUUCUUUGUAGUGGAGUCAGGCGAAGGGGAUGUGAAGAGCAAGAAAGAUAAUGUUGUAUUGAAUACACUUGGCAAUAGCGCUAUGAGAGGUCUUCGGUUGGACGCACUCUCAGUCAUUCGAAGUAUCUUUGCUAGUCAUGAGGAACAGCGAUCGUGGAUCAUAGAAGAAAUUCUGUCAUCACUCAUCAAGCUCUCUAACAGUCAUAAGAAAGCUGGGCAAUUCCGUUUACGUGAUGGUCGUUCCAUUCGAACAGUCUCUGCACUUCUGUUUCAGCUCGUACAAACGUCUGCCCAUGACGUCCGUGUUGCGGCGCGCAAGAUUGCCAGACGUCGCCAGAGUCGUCAAGCUCUUCGUCGACAAGACAGCGUGGCCAAUGAAAGGUCGGCUGAGCCUUUGAUGGACGAAUUGGACGCGGAGGAAAUACAGCUUUAUAUCACGGGGCUCGAGUCUGCGAUGAAUGCUGCAAAGACGAUAGUUGUGUAUCUGACACAAAGAUCAGGAAAGGGGAAAUUGACCAAGAAUUCCAACGAAGCUGAAUACCGAACCAUUUUUGACAACCUUAUUUCCGACCUUCUUACCGUCCUGUACUGGCCAGAAUGGCCAGCUGCAAGUCUCUUGCUCAGUAUUGUGUCUUCUCUAGAUGACGUGAAGACGAGCACCCAAACCGACACAAAUGCUGCAAAAAGUAUUGCGCUCGAUCACCUAGGUGUCAUUGCCGCACGAAUACGUUCAAGCUCUUUGAAGGUAAAAGUACGCGACAAUGACAGGCACGGCCUCCACUCUCUUGAUGAGGUUAUCUCUUCCGGCGAUGUCAAUCACUUGGACAUACUCAUAUCUCGACACCAGUCAAUAUUUUCCCAUCUUUAUAAAAGAGCUUCUGAAGACCAGGCGUAUGACAGUGCCAAUGAUCUGACGGCAGCUACUUGGGGUCAAGAAUUAGCAGUCGCUCUCAAGCAACUUGGCGCUUCAGCACAGGAAGAGGGCAUGGGUCCGCAGUCCAAGCUUUACGCCAAGCUGAAGUCCGCCCUCAGGGAGGUUUGGAAGGAUGUGUCAAAUGAUGUUUUUGAUGUCGGCUCACAGGAGGAAGCAAAUAGGGUUGAUCGUUACGCUGAAGAAAUUGGGACUAUCCAGACACUAAGAAAUUCCUUCGGGCCAAUUCUAAAUGUUGUCCUGCUUGCACUUGAUGCGCCUGCUGUUUUCAUGCGCACAAAAGCAUUGCGAGCACUCGGGCAAAUUGUGAAUAGUGACUCCAGCAUCCUAGCAGCGCCAAAUGUCCGUCGGGCGAUCGAAAGUCAUUUGCUCGAUAGUUCCCCAGCUGUGCGUGAUGCCGCUGUAGAACUAAUUGGGAAGUACAUGAUAGAGUCGCCAGAGGUUGUCGGGGACUAUUACGCGAAAAUUGCCGACCGUAUCGCAGAUACGGGACUUGGGGUUCGGAAACGUGUGAUCAAACUCCUCAAGCAAUGUUACGCUGGCACAGAGGAUCUUUGUCGACGCAUAGAUAUCGCGACAAAGUUAGUCCUUCGCAUGCUAGAUGAGGAUGAUACAGUGAAGGAUUUGGCCAUCAAGACGGUUGAGGAAUUAUGGUUCCAGGCUGCAUCACAGAGUGGAGUCCCUAAAACCCGGUCAGUGCCGCCAUCUGGUCCUGGCCAAGACAAGGGGCCACUUCUCUCCAAGGUCUCGGUUAUCAUGGGCGUAUCAGCCAACUUUAAGGAUCGGCAAUCACCCCUGGAGGAUAUGUUACAUAAAGUAAUGUCGAACCAAGAAGCUGCUAGCGCAUCGUAUUUGCGAGGAAAUUACUCUGAAAUUUGUGAAGUCCUUAUUGAUGGUCUGGUAGACGCCUCGGACUUGCCGGGAUUCACCGUGCACAAUUGUGUCAGGACUAUAUAUCUCUUCACUACGGCACACCCCUCUGUCCUCUCAGGAGCAAACGCGUCUACUUUGCUCCCGUAUCUCAAGAACCCCUCUUCGUCCGAAGAGCUUGUUGUUUCCGAUUAUUUGCUAAAGAUUUUCCGUUUAUCAAUACCUCACAUGCCCAAGACUGCAGUAAAGUUUGGUCAGGAACUACAACUUGUAUUGCAGCCGAUGAUCGUUAAACCAUCCCACAUCGGGGGAGUCGUGAGUCUGCAAGAAAGUGUAGCUUGCAUGUGCGGAGCGGUGCAGCAUCUAACACACGAUUUUAAUCGUCUGGUCGCUCUAGUAAAGUCUUGCAAUGCUCGAUUGCAGCAGGCCAUCGCUCGCCCGGCCUCUUACCAAAUGACAGCAGUUGAAAACAGGACAUUGUCCAUUCUCAUUUUUAUUGUCGCUUUGCUCGGUGAACACUGCGAUUUCGACCGCCUCCGCGAUGACCAUCCAGACUUCCUUUCAGAUUUGAACUCUGUGUCUCCCGGACCCAUCGUGGAACACAUUUACAAGAGCUUGCUGGAAUUAUACGAGAAGUACAACGACGUUGGUCUGAAGGGACGCAUCCUCCAGUGUCUUGGCUUUUUGUUCCGUGCACAACCAACAUUAAUGACACUGGGACGAUCCGCUUCCAUCAUGGAUGACAUUUUUCACUCGUCUGAUCUUGAAAGCCGCGGGCGACUUUUGCGGAUCAUGCACGACUUCUUAGUGUCCGAAUCUAUGAAGCACCAUGAGGAGCAGAAAGGAGGCACCAAAGGCAAGCAAGGGGGUGUAGUGGAUAUGGCAGAAUUGGUAGGCAACACAGAUGGUUUUGCUGACUCCGGUGUCAGCUCAGCCGUUGUUCAGCGAUAUAUAUCCUCAAUUCUGGAUGCGGCCCUGUCUCAAAAUUCUCAGAUCCAGAAUGUUGCCGUUGACAUUCUCAGCUUCACCAUCAAACAGGGUCUCGCCCAUCCUCUGCAAUCCUUCCCUGUCAUUGUUGCAUUGGAAACUAGUCCAAAUGCCGCCAUCAGCUCACGGGCCAAUGCGCUCCAUGCAAUACUUUGGAGUAAACACGCGUCUCUGUUGAAUGCCCGAUAUAUCAUUAGUGCAAGACAGUCGUUCGACUACCAGAAAAAAAUCUCCGUGGACGCCGUCAAAGGCUAUCGAACGCAACCGGAACCAACGGCACUGCUUCAGAGGUGGUAUUCUCUUGUGCGGGAGAAAAGAGGAUCUCGUCAAGACUUCCUGAGGGCUCUGCUGAAAUCUUUUGAUGUCAACCCUUCUUUGAAAUCAUCACAGGAUGAUGUUGACUUCGCAAGGUACAUGGCGGAGAAUUUUGCUUCUCUUGACUACAGAACACAAGAGGAGGUCAUCACUGUUGUUAAACACUUGACGUCCGUCUUAUCAACCGCUGGCAUGCAAGUGAUCGACCUUCUCUCGCCUUCUCACCUCCUAGCGCAGCUGCACGAUACUCCACCCUUCCAUAAUGAAUCUCAUCAGUUACCAUUAUCAGGCUUUCCUACGCCUUCGAUUGAUCAGGAAAUACCAAAUCCUCCAUCUUCCUCUGCCCCUCCUGACAUGCCCCACAUCGACGUUGCUGUCAUGAGAAGCUCGAUAACCAUUGGGAUUGUCAUGCUUCUUAAAGCCCAUCUUAAAUCUCUUUACGGGCUUUCAGAAGAGAAAUGCUCUAAAUUCGCGCUCGGCAAGAAAAGCGCUAUCGGUGACAAACCUGCUAUCAAACGUCACCAACUUCCGAUUGCAUGGACCCGCCUCCCUUAUGCCACUAUUUCUCUCGUCCAGGAGCACGACUCGACUGCUCACAGGCUGGCAUUUAUUGAAAUUUGGAAUGAGGAUGGUGUCACUGCAGAACCUGAAGAUGACGAUGUAUAGCUGCUCAGAUUUUUUUCUACUCGCUAUCGACUUAUUCUACAUAUCAUCGUACACAUUCCCACUUGUAAUGUAACAUACAACGUCGUCACAAGACCACCUUUAAU